UCCUCAUCAUCCAGGAGAAUCCAGCUGUCCUCUCUCUCUCUACAAACUUUCUCUCUCUCUAUAUAUUCUGACUCUUAUAUCAAAUCAAAUCACCAUCUCUUCUCUUCCCUCUUCAACCAUUCAACAAGGAGAGAGAGAUUGAGCGAAUCAAAUACUCAAUCGACACCGCACUGAAGGACAUAGUAGUCAUGGACCCAUGUCCUUUCAUGCGAAUCGUCAUCGGAGGUUUAGCAGUGAAGCUUCCUGUGGCCUCGAAACCCACUUUCUCCGGCGUUCAUCCUUCGUCAUCACCAUGUUUUUGCAAAAUCAAGCUCAAGAACUUCCCUUCCCAAAUUGCUUCGAUUCCUCUAAUUUCACAACACGAAGAUCACGUCCCUUGUUUUCCAGCAAUUUCUUUCAAUCUCAACAAAACCCAAUUCGACAAACUGGUUCAAAAGCCUCGGUGUUUGAAGAUCGAGAUCUAUAAGGGUCGGAGAGGGAACACUUGUGGGUUGAGUUCUGGAAAGCUUUUGGGAACUGUUUUUGUGGCUUUGGAUGUGAAAUCAUGUGCCGUGGAGUCUAGGACUUGUGUGGUUAAGAACGGUUGGGUUUCAAUCGGAGAAGAAGCAAAAGCGUCUCAAUUGCAUUUGAAUGUCAAGGCCGAACCCGAUCCAAGAUUUGUAUUUGAAUUCGAUGGCGAACCAGAAUGUAGUCCUCAAGUGUUUCAAGUCAAUGGGAAUGUUAAACAACCGGUUUUCACUUGCAAGCUCAGUUUCAGAAACGAGCAUAGUUUACGAUCUAGAUCAUCGCUAUUGGAGACAAGUACUUCGAACAGUUGGUUCAAUAAUGGACAAGAUCAACCAGUGAAGGAGCGAAAAGGGUGGUCCAUCACCAUCCACGACCUCUCAGGAUCGCCGGUCGCCGCCGCGUCAAUGGUGACCCCAUUUGUUCCGUCGCCGGGUUCCGACCGGGUCAGCCGAUCAAACCCGGGUGCGUGGCUCAUUCUCCGACCAGGAGACCACACAUGGAAGCCGUGGGGCCGGCUCGAGGCGUGGCUCGAGAGCGGUAGCCGAAACAACAUCGGCUACCGCUUCGAGCUCCUCCCCGACGCCGCCACAUGCGACGGAGAGGCCGUGACUCUAUCCAGUUCAAGUCUAAGCACCAAAAAUGGCGGCAAAUUUACCAUAGAUUGCACUGGAGCUUCACCAGCUUCAACCCCCCGAAGCAGCUGUGAGUUCGGGUCCGGGUCGGAAUCCGGGUCCGGGUCAUGGGCACAGUUUUUGUAUCAGGGCUUCGUGAUGUCGGCGACGGUGAAGGGAGGAGGAAGGUGUAGUAAGCCGGAGGUGGAGGUGGGGGUGCAGCACGUGACGUGCACGGAGGAUGCGGCGGCAUUCGUGGCGCUCGCCGCCGCAAUGGACCUUAGCAUGGAUGCCUGCAAGCCAUUCUCACGGAGGCUCCGGAAGGAAUUGAGAAAUCCGAAUCCUCUAGAUUGAUUUUUGUUAGUAUGAUUUUAAGAUUAUUUUUUGAAUGAUUGAGAUUUAAUUUUAUAAAAAUAAAUAGAUUUCGGGAGGAGGUGAGGCAGCAGAAUCAGGAGUUUGUCGUUUGAUUUGGAGGGGUUGUCGUUUUGGAGAAGUUGGGUGUUUGGUUUGGUGGAUAUGGAUUUUUUUUUGGGUAGAAUUUGUUAGCUGUUUUGCAUUGCUGUGCUGUGUACAGUUAUUGAGAAUUGGACACCUACCAUUUUUUUAAAAAAUAUUGGAAAUUGUAAUUUAUUUUAUUUGUUAUUUC